AUGGCGAUGGAAUACUUCAACCAGCUUAAGAACCGCCGACGGUCGUCGCAGAUCUUGCAAUCACCGAAUCCUGUUUUGACUGAUGAGGACGAGGCGUUCCUGCAACGAGUCACUUCUCAGUCGGAAAAUGCACCCAGUCCUGCGGGAGAAGCUCCCGUGACAGCGGCAGAGAUUUCCAAGGAGAAUAGUGGACAAAGCCCUGUGAAAGAAAAUUCUCAGGAUAUCGUCCCUACGUCUCCAGGUGAAGCAUUUGGAAAAGAGCUCGGGGAACAAGGAAGAAGAGCGAGUCAGAAGUCUGAAGAGCCUUUUUCAGCCAAGGAGCCAGAAAGGACAAAGUCCCAAGGAGCAGCGGCUCCAGAGAAGAAGAAGAAAAAUAGGUGGAGCACAUUCUGGAAGAAGGGUGCAGAUUCCAAGAAGGAUAAUGAUAAAGCCUCCAACAAGGGUGAUACAUCCCGUGCGCAGACCCCCGUUCCUCCAACGACCGAAACGCCACAGACAGAAGAUGAUAAAGAGGCCCAAAAGGAUCAGGAGGAUAUGACCGAUAUUCUGGAACGGUUGAAUCUGGCAGCAGACAAUAAUCGCGUCUUCUCUAUCAGCGAUGAUACGCAAGAACUUCUACGCAAAUUCAAGCUGAUAUUUAAGGAUUUGAUAAACGGCGUUCCGACCGCUUACCAUGACCUGGAGAUGCUUCUCACAAAUGGCAAUCGCCAACUGCAAGAUACUUAUACCAAGCUACCUGGGUUCCUUCAGAAGUUGAUUGAAAAGCUGCCUGAGAAGUGGACUGAAACUUUAGCGCCAGAAAUGAUCGCUGUGGCAAGCGAACGUGCCACUCAGAGCGGUGUCAAUAUGGAAAAUGUUGGCAAGGCUGCCGCCGCAGCAGAAAAGAUGGGUCUCAGUGUGCCCAGUCUGAAGGAGCUGGUAUCUAAGCCUGCAGCAAUCGUUGGAAUGCUGCGAUCUAUCAUGACCUUCUUGCGGGCUCGAUUCCCAGCUGUCUUGGGCAUGAAUGUGCUUUGGUCACUAGCUUUAUUCAUCCUCCUAUUCGUCUUGUGGUACUGCCACAAGCGCGGUCGUGAAGUUCGUCUCGAAAACGAACGUCUAGUCACAGAGGAAGAAAUCAACAAGCUGAAUGAGGAAGCGGGCGAGGGCAAGAUACGUCCAACUGAGACUUUAACCACAACAGCGCCCCAGGGUGCAUCAUCAGAUGAAAUUCGGGAAGGAGUCAGGAAGGUCGAACAAGCUCGAGCUGCGGCGGCUUUGGAGGCCGCUACUUCAGAGCCGCAGAGUUCUGAAGCUACGGCCGAGGCCAAGGAUGAGCCAACGGCUGAACCAGUCCGACCGGCUGCAGUGCCUUCUCGAUCGAAGUCACGUCUCUCUAUCUUUGGGCGAUCUAAGCCCGAACCUGGACCUUCGUCAAAUGUCGCCCCUUACCCUGGGACUUAG